AUGCUGGACAUCAGAGGCAAAUGGGUCAGCGCGACUUUCAAUCUAGCUCUGCUGGCCCUGUCAAUCGUCUGCUACCUGCUCUUGGUUCUCCUCUUUGUCACGCCGAAGACGUAUCGACUUGAUUCUCUCAUCCACCCAAACUCUGGCACGAUCCAGCCCUCUGUUGCCGUCGGCCUUCUAUCCACAGCACUCCUCGGUGCCACCAGCGCCUUGAUCACGCGUUGUGCCGAGCAGUCGCUCUGGCUGAGGCUGUCGGCAACCAGCCCGGGAAAGAAUGCGCUCACCGUUGAAGAGUCGCACCGUCUGGCCCAAUGGAGCGUCAGCCCCUUCGAGCGUCUGCUCGUCUACCCGUUCAAGGGUUCUAGCUGGCUCCUCAAGUUCGGCGGCGUUGUCCUUUUUGGUGUCGCCGCCGUUAACCCUGUUCUACUGAGCGGCAUCUCUCAACCCAGACAGGUUGCAACUACCACAGAGCAGCAACCGGCAACCGUACCUAUGGUCUCGAAUCGUCUUGACGUGGGAAACAGCGCAUACCGCGGUGGACAGGCCCGAGACAAUCCUACCUUGAUCGCCGGCGUUGCAGAAAUGGCCAAUUUGACAGCUUCGAUCCUGGAUGUCUGCGGCGACGACAAUUGCCACUUGACCUCUCUGACGACUGCCAUCAAAGCCGAGUGCAGAUCGACAACGAGGGCAAAUCCUGACGGUAUAGGGUUAAUCUCUGGCUUGUCCGGGUCCGAAAGCUAUCCUUUCUGCAGCACGGCUAUGCCAGAUCUGUGUGUGACACUCUGGACAUCCAGCCCGAAUACCUAUGCCAACUUCAGCUCUUACUACCAUCCGGACUGCCUAUCGACCGGCGCGUGUGCACCUGGCGUUUGGUGCAGCCUCUUCGGCGUCUGGGUCAGCGGCACCGACGUAACUCGAAAUUCCGCCCACGAUAUCCAUGCUGUCGAGUGUCUGCUGACGUUCGGCAAUGUCACAAUCACACAAAACGGGACGAAUCCACCGACAUUAGACCGUGAUUCGUUCGUGGCCGCCGACUGGUCGGUACGGGAAGGCGAAGCAAGCUUCUAUCAAAUGAAUCGCAUAUACACCGAGUCCGGAUCGGAGAACAGUCCCUACAGCUUCACGGGAGGCGCAGUGGGAACGGGAGACAACACGUUGUACCGAAAUCCGAUAGGCUAUGAGCUAUUGGGCACCGAUGCGAACAAUGGAGGAGAGCAGGUGGCGAGGCAAAUAGAGAGAAACUUUGACCGGGCGACACUGUCGGCGUAUGCGAAGCAGGCGAACGCCAGCGACUUGACGGUGACGAGAACCACAGAGGAAGAUCUGUAUGUGUAUCAACCUAAGGUGUUGCUGGUGCUUGUCGUGCCGCUGCUGGCGACCCUACUUGGCGUCUGGAAUAGGUGGUCUGUUGGGGAUGAGGAUCGAGUGGUCGGGUACAAUCCGGUGGAGAUUGCCAGACGGGGACCAGUGGGAGGACUUCCGCAAGGAGAGAUCCUCAAUGAGAAAAGGAAGGCCGAGUUUGCCAAAUGGAAGGUUUGGGGUGCGCGGGAGGAAGGAUCGGAAAGUGUUGCCGUAGGUUACAUGGCCGCAAGAGACACUGUCGCAGGGGAGAUCGGCAGUGGGAACGAGGGUGUGACUAUGCUGUCUGAGCAGCCAAAGAGACGGUAG